AUGAAAGUCGCUGUCUUCAGCUUGCUUAGCCCUGCCAUUUGGGCAAGUGGCCAGGCCCUUCAGUCUUAUGAGAUAUCGGAAAGCCUACUUCAGCCUCGCGAUACCAAGACUAUUUUGGCUGCUCCGCUGAGUCUUUCGCCUUCGCAGUAUUGGGAUGGCAACGAUGGCCCAUGGACGUCAUAUGUACUUCGUCUCGGAGCACCAAAUCCCGCAGAAGUUCGCCUCUUCCCAUCGACCAAGUCUAACGUUAUAUGGGCUGUCGAUCCAAAAGGCUGCCCAGAUGGCUAUUUCACGAGCAGUGACCCAAAUAAAGAAACAGUCAAAGACUGUGAGAAGAAUCGCGGCGGGGUUUUCGUUACGAAUGACUCUGCGUCAUGGCAAGACAAAUCCAUGUACUGGCUCCAUGUUGACGAAGACCUUGGAUACGAGAAGGCGAACGGCAACUUUGGGUUUGAUCAGGUCGGACUCGAUUAUCUUGGGGCUGGUGGCACCAUAGAGCAUCAGGUUAUCGCCACCAUCGCGUAUGAAGGAUUUUGGUUUGGUGCCUUUCCUCUGAAUCCCCGCCCAUUUAACUUUACAGACAUGAAUGCUCCACAAACGAGUUUCCUCCAGUCAUUGAAAGACAACAACAAUAUUUCCAGUCUGUCAUGGGGAUACACUGCAGGCGCAAAAUAUCGCUCGGAUAAUUUCUUCGGCAGCCUGGUUCUUGGUGGUUACGAUAAGGCACGCUUCGACAACAAAUCCCAAAUUACAGUGGACUUCAAUGCCGACGACGAGAAGGACCUGACAAUUCGGGUGAACAACAUCAGCACAAGUACUUCAUCCGACCUCUUAACGUCUGAGUCAUUGGAUUAUGUCAUCGACUCGACUGUCCCAUAUCUCUAUUUGCCAGAAUCCUCGUACAAACUAUUUGAAAAAAACUUUGGCCUGGAGUGGAACUCCAGCGUCGGACUAUACCUGGUCAACGAUACACACUAUGACGAUCUCGUCAAGCAAGAUGCCGAGAUAACCUUCAACGUUGGCACGACACACACUACCAAGAUCGUGUUCCCAAUCAAAGCCUUCUUGCUGACUGCAGGCUUUCCGCUGAUCAGUGAUGGUUCAACAUCACGGUAUUUCCCGAUCAAACGAGCAAAUGAGUCCAUGACUCUCACUCUCGGUCGAGCCUUUCUCCAAGAAUCUUACGUCGUCUACGACUACGAACGACGCCGCUUCACACUCGCGCCAUGCACUUGGCCCACGGACACCGCCACCUCCCCGCCCUCUUCCCCCACAAUCAUCUACUCCGUCAACACCACCGAACCCGACGGCAGCUCCGAUCCCAACGGUAGUAGCAGCGGCCUCUCCACCGGCGCGCUCAUCGGCGCCGUCAUCGGCGGCGUCGUCGCCGGCCUCCUCAUCGCCACCCUAAUCGCCUGCAUCUGGCUCCGCCGCCGCCGCCGCCGCCGCUCCCAACGCGACUCCAUCAGCAAAGCCGGUACCUCCUCCACCAUCUUCCCCCCGCACACCCGCACCUCCUCCUCCGUCACGCUCCCCACCACCAACACCAGCACGCGCCCCCGCGCGGGGUCCCGCCUCACCUCCUGGCUCUUCCGCAACCCGUGGUCCGACGGCGAGGGAAGUAUGGGCAGCGGUGGCAGCCCGUACGGCGGCGCAGAAAUGCAGGUCAUACCAGGCCACUUCGAGCUCUCGGUCGACCCGUCGGCGCCGACGCCGGCGGAACAGGCGGCGGGAGAACACAAGCGCCACCUCAGCAACGAGCUCGACGCCGAGGUCUGCGCCGUCCACGAGAUGUACCAGCCGAAACAGGUGGUCCCCGAGAUGCAGGGCGACGAGCCGUUUCCGACGUACGUCUCGGGUGAUGGGGCUACUAUCGAGGGCAAUGUGUUGCGCGCGGCGCAGAUGGAGGCGGUGAGGGAGAGGGAUGAAGCACUGGAGGAGGAGGAGAGGAGGAGGCUUUUGGAGGGCAGGCCUGGUGCUGGGGUGUACGAGAUGGAUGCUUCGGCGGCGGCGAGGGGCUUCCCCCCGCUGGCUUCGUCGUCGUCGUCGUCGUCGGGCGUGGUGCCCCGGAGGCCGGAGGAGUCUCCGAUGCCGAGUCCUGGACAGCUGGAUGCGGUGGGGAGGAAGGCGAGGGAGGAGCAGCAGAGACUGGAGGCGGAGAGGGCGGAGGCGGAGAGGGUUAGGCAGAGCGGUGGUCGUGGUGGCAAUGGUUUGGGCUUGAUUGAGGGCGUGGAAGGCAUGUCGCCGCCGUUGUUACCGGCUGCUGCUACUGCUCCGAAUAGCGCUGCUGUGGGCCGCCCGGGUACGGAGAGGAGAGUCAGUGAUUUGAGUCCGAUCAGCGAGGACAGCGCGUUCGUGACGCCGAGUCCGACGAGCACGUUCAGACCGGAUGCGGGUAGUAGGAGGGUGAGCAGGGAUUAG